CACGUACUGCCACGCGUUGUCUAGGAAGGCCUAGGCUCCCUUGAAGUCCCUUCACCUGUCCUGUCCAUAGUCCAUACUGGAAGCAGGCACUGCUGCCUCUAUUCAGGUGGUGGAAGCAGGCGUCCUUCAUCUUACCGGCCGGCCCUGGGUAUAAUAUUUAUGGUGAAAUGGCGUCUAAGAAGCUCGAAGAAGCCAUCAACAUAUUGCUUCAGUUUAAGAAUUCAGAAGGAGCUGGUGUCAUCUCAAGGGACGAACUCGCGUUCGAUUCUACUCCUUCGCCCAGCCCGCCUCCGUUGCCCCCACCGAUAAGAGAACCGCUACGGGCUCUUGAACCCGCGGCACCGUAUCAAUCAUCCCAGCCACAGUCUUGUUCUUCUCGCUCAGCUCAGCCACAGUCUUGUUCUUCUCGCUCAGCUCAGCCACAGUCUUGUUCUUCUCGCUCAGCUCAGCCUCAGCCUUGUUCUUCUCGCUCAGGCACAGGAAGAUGGAAUAAUUUUGAGUCUUCCUACAGACGAGUCGUCUCUUCUAUUCGUGGAGUCGCCGGAAACACAGCAACAGAAAUGAAGCGUAAGAUGCCUGCAUACGAUGUCCCAGAUUACCGCCCCAAAAGAGCAAAGCUACCAAGUUGGACCCACGCUUUCUUUUGCCUGGCAGGUACAAAUGACGAUAGAGUUCCGACAAAUAGAGCUGCUCGAGAGUGUCUUAUACUAGCAGGGUUAGGAGAAAAGAAGAUCCAGAUCACUAAUGUCGAUUGCAGCACUGCUGAAUUUCAUGUGAAGUUGAUAGAAAGUUUUCCUAAACUUGAAUUUUGUGGUGGAUUUGAGCUAAUGAGGUGUAUACCCCAAACAAGACAAUUGGAAUUAAUCAAAUCGCCAGUUUGCCACUCUCCCAGGUUGCUACGUAGUUAUAUGGGUGCAGCAAAAGUGUACAUACGUCCUAUUCAGGAAAAUAUUGAUAUCGAGAUGAUGGAACCAAGGAAUGAUGUGAAUGUAUCAGAGCUAAUGCAAGUGUGUCUCAGGUGCAACAAUGAGUUCCCUUUGGACUUGUUGAGAAGUCACCUAGACCAGUGUGGACAAGAGUCGGAGUUAACAUUGCCACUGGAGCCUUCAUCGUCAGCAUCAUCUACUCCCUCAUUUUCUCCGAUACACUCUCCGCCCGCUUCUCAAGAAGUAGAUGCCAAUGAAUCUUAUGUUAAAACAUUUACAUCAAUGCUGGAUGUUGUGACUCAUUUGCAAAACUUCAUCGACGACACGAAUGUUUUUUAUUUGUCUGUGAGGAGGGAGGACUUGCUUGCAUCAGCUUUGGCAGGUAUUAAUAGUGCAUCAUUUAGCCCAAUUAAACAGCUUGAAGUUGAAUUUUUGGGAGAGGAAGCAGUUGAUGGAGGGGGAGUGAAAAGGGAGUUUUUUCGUCUAUUGGCCUAUGAAGUGAAAUUGUUUAUGUGUGUGGGCAAGAAGAAUUGCUACGAACUUAGACAUGACACACCGGGUUUACAGGCCAAUAAGUUUGAAAGGUUAGGACUGUUGAUGAGUGCAUCUUUGGCCCACGGAGGCAGUGGUUUUCCUUUCUUCUCUCUAUCAGUGUACGACUAUAUUUGUGGCAAAGAGAUUAGAGAUAUAGAUAUAGAUAUUGAGUCGAUGCCCAAUGGAGAGGCCUUUUAUUUACUGAAAGAGAUACAGGAUAUGACAGAUGAUUUGGCUUUUCAAAAAGCACUCUCUGAUCACUGCGACAUAUUAUUUAGCACAGGCUUCAGUAAGCCAAUAUGUAAUGUAACUAUUGCCGACAAGGAGGAAAUCACAAGGGUUGUGGCUCUGCACCAUACUCUCCUCCAAUGCCUUGCCGAGUUGGACCAGUUGAAGAAGGGGCUGAGGUCUCUUGGAGUACUCUCUAUAAUUGAAGAAAACAAGAAUAUUAUGAAGCCGUUCUUUAUGUACUAUCCUGACAAUUGUAUAACAGCAGAUAAACUAAAAGAUCUUUUGAGAGCCCAUUUUGCUGAGAAGGGUACUAAUACUCGGAAGCUUCAAGAGGAGGCAUAUUCAUAUUUUAUUCGCCUUCUUGAUGAAUGUAAAGAUUCUCCAGUGGCCCCUAAUGACUUGAGCAUACAAGACGUAUUAGUCUUUUUCACUGGUAGUGACGUAAUACCUCCUCUCGGUUUUACACCAAGGCCAUCGCUAUACUUUGAUGAAUUUAUAGCGUACCCUUUUGCAUCUACUUGUGCCCUGUCUCUGACUUUACCAAUUAAGUAUGAAGAAUAUUCAAAGUUCAAAGAGAAGAUGGUUUAUGGUUUCAAGAACCAUGGGGGGUUUGGGAAAGUAUGAAUAUUAUCAUUUAUGACAAGUGAUUAUUAUGCAUAAUAUUAGUGCAUGAAUGUCUGAUCUCUUAAAAAUAACACUUAUCGUAUCAUUUAUGACAAAUAACUGAUCUCUUAAAUUCCAGUAACAUUUUGAUUUGUUAAAAAUAACACAUCUUUCCUUGAA